AUGUCCUCAUCAGUCUCUGACCAGGAGCUCGGGGACGCGCUCCUCCAUUCCGUCCAGCAUGGCUCUUUCCCACAAUCUGAGCAUGUAUCCUCUGCGCCUGUGGGGUCUGCAGCUCUUCCGAAGCUUCGACAGACUUUGGAAAAGGCCAGGGAUGACACUAAGGAACAAAUCCGUCAGGUCUCCCGCGAAGCCGCAUCCGACGUCGACGGCUGGAUGACCCAAGCCCGCAAGCUCCAAGCCGACAUCAAACGCUCCCAAGAGACCGCCAAGGAGAUCGUACAGCAGGCAGAGUCUGGUAAAGAGAAGACCGCCAAAGUUCAAGACGCCGCCUCGAAAGUCAGCUUCCUACAUUCCGAGAUCGCAUACAACGAGAGCCUUGUGCGGGUUGUGGAGCAGCUCAAAGACAUCUCGACCCUGCUAGAAUCAGCUCAGGAUGCCGCGGUCCGCAAUCACAUUCUUCAUGCUCUCGAGAGACUGGAGGACGCGGACAGCGCAUUCAAGAGGCUUGGACCGUUCGAGAACACUCGAGUGGUAGGCCUUCUGAAGACAAAAUCAGACCACCUGAGGGCGGAUAUAGUGGAGAAUGUUACGGAGAUAUGGAAUAGUUUGCUUUAUGUCAACACUGCAGAGCAAAGAUUCACCUUGAAAGAGAAGGCAGAGCGCGAGGAUGGAAUUAGUAUCGGGACAGUUGUCGAGGCAUUGACAAGACUAGGGCUGCUCGACAAGUUCAUAUCGCGCCUCAGUCGAGACUUUGACAGCAUCAUCGUGCAGCCACGGCUGACCAUUGGCCCCGACCAAGUCGUAUCUGCAUUGACCAUCUAUGGCGACGACAUACAAGUUGCAGGACAAGUGAGCGACAUGAGCGUCCAAGCCGCACUGGAGGAUAUUCAAGCCAUAGCCGAUUACCUCAGUACACGCAUGCCUCCCGACGUCGCCGUCCCGCUGUCCGAGAAGCUAGUACCAGUCAUCGCCAAUCGACUAAUCUCAAGUUGGCUGCUGCCUGCUAUACCGCUGUCUACAAAGGGCAUUCCUGACUUCCAAGAGACGCUCUCGCUCGUACUCGGCCUUGUUGAGUCAUUCGAUGAGCUCGGCUGGAGCGGGCAACAACGCUUGACUGACUGGGUCGAUAAGUCCGCCGAGAAGUGGCUUGCGCGACAGAAAGAAGCUGCGAUAGCUCAGGUGCAACGAACCUUCCCGAAACGAGUCCAAGAGAAGAAGACGGUGGAACGGGUAGAGACCCAAGUCUUGUCGAGGGGAGACGCUAUGCUUGGCAAGCACGAAGAGCAGGAUGAAGAUUGGGGAGCUGAUUGGGGUGACGACGGAGCGGCGGAAGAAGAGCCCGUAGAGGACAGGGAAACACAGCAGAAUGAGGCUAUGGAAGAAGAGGACAUGAGCGCCUGGGGCAUGGACGAGGACGAGCCACAAGAACCGCAGAAGGAAACCAAAGGCCCGAAGCCCGAAGCGCAGGGCGAGGAAGAUGCCGAAGAUUGGGGCGCCGAUUGGGGCGAUGAGGAAGAGCCAAAGCAACACCCGCCUUCCGCAGAGCCUCAGGCCAAUGGACAGGCUGCUAAAGCAGAGAAGCCUUCCAAGAACCGGGAGAUGACGUUGAGGGAGACCUACACCGUAACGGCAAUUCCAGACUCUAUCAUCGACAUGAUACUCCAAGCCGUGUCAGAUGUCGGUACUCUCAAUACCCCCGAUCUUGUCGGCUCCGCCAUUGCGCCCGCCAGCAGCGGUCUCUUCGCCAUACCAAGUCUGCUGCUAGCCAUGUACCGAGCUACGGCGGCCACCCACUACUCUCGUGACAUCGCAGCCAACAUGCUGAUCUACAACGACUGCACGCGCCUGUCUGACCGCCUCCGCGCUUUCCUCACAGAGCAAGCAGAGAACGACGCUUCAUCGGGCUUGCCACAACACCUGAAGCCCUCCGUCAGACUCAAACCGCGGCUCGACCAGGACAUCAAAGCCAUCGAGGCGUUCGGCAAGCGCGCAUACGGCCGCGAGAUGGAGUCUCAGCGGACGAUCAUCCGCGACCACCUCGACGCCGCACAGGGCUUCUCCGGCUGCACCAAGAUGCCGUUCGCCGCCGAAUGCGACAAUGCCAUCGCCAUGACCAUCGACCGCAUCGCCGACGUGAAGAACGCGUGGAAGCCCGUUCUUUCGCACUCCGCGCUGCUCCAAUCCCUCGGCUCGCUCGUGUCCACAGCGCUGGCUAAAUUCAUCACUGACAUCGAAGACAUGACCGACAUCGCGGAGGACGAGUCGAAGAAGCUCCGCGGGUACUGCAUCAGUCUCUCUUCUCUGUCUGCGCUUUUCAUCACGGGAGACGACGACGGCGAGCAGAGGGACAUGACGAGCGUGUACACGCCGAACUGGUUCAAAUUCCAGUAUCUAAGCGAGAUCUUGGAUUCGAGCUUGGCGGACAUCAAGUAUAUGUGGACGGAUGGGGAGCUGAAGUUGGAGAUGGACGUCGAGGAGGUGCUGGAUUUGAUACGGGCGUUGUUUGCGGAGAGCGAGUAUAGGAGGAAGGCUGUUGCGGAUAUUAGGAGGGCGGCGGGGCGUUGA